CACAACCACAAUUCACCAACGGAAGGCAGCGCUACGAACUGUGCUGUUGCAUCGCGAGCGCGAACAGCCGAACGAACGCUUCACGAACUUGGUAACUUGGUCACUCAGUGAGCGUGUCCGCCGACCAAAAGGUGUCCCUCCUGACGAGUGUCGAUUACGCAAUCGGUCGUCCGCGUUCCGGCAUUGGCGCAACUUUUUGAAGUUGUUACUUUCCGUCGUGGAAACGGGGGUGAGACGGUUGUUGCAGGACGACGCGGUUCCGAAGAGAUUCGGGAGUGUACUAAUACCACGAGGUAUUGCAGAGAAAUAUCUGUCUGCUCUUCCGAUGCCUUCGCUGCGGGUGGUUGAGCCUGCUAAUAACGGUCGGUGAGGAUUAAAACUCAGGUAGCAGAUUUUGCGUAAACACGCGUCGACACUUUAAUACUGGAACAAGUGGACGGACAAUGGAUAUCCUCGAAGAGGACUGAGCGACAGAGGGUUUAUUACGGAUGCGACAAGUGUCGCAUUAUGAUUACAUAAUUCGUUAUGAACCGUCGUCGAAAUCGAAAAGUUCAGAUUUGAUUUCAGACGCCACCGGCAUUCAAGCCCGGAGUUAUUUGCUUACAGUGCGGUAAUCAGACGCGAUUUUGAAGGGCAAAUAAAUAGUCGUAAUUCGUAAUGGAAAUUUUUUACAUUAAAAAUGUAAAGCGCAAAAUGAUCGCCGCUUAUGCAAAGUGUUGAAAAUCCAUCGAUAAGAAUUUACAAUUGAACAAUAGUUCAAUGAUGAUCGUAAUAAUUAAAAAAGUAAUCAUUAAAAAUCUGAAGUUAAUUCUGUGAUGAAAUACGCGGACCGUCGGAUGUAUCGUGAUACAGUGAUUGUGAGGACACAAAAUAUAAAUAUCAAACUGUCAUAUUUAUAAUAGAAUUGUAAAUUUCUUUGAAAAACUAAAACUUGCAAUUAGCGCGAUUUUCAAUUUUCUUUGCAAAAAUGGCGCUUUACUGAAGAAGACUUUAAUGAAUGGAAAUGAACUCGGUAUCGAUAUGAAUGAAACGCGCGUGAUUAAACAACCGUCGCGUCGAUUCGAGCGUGCGAGCAACGGAUGCUUACUUUCGUCAUCAGUUAUUCAUCCGGCUGAUCUAUAAAACAACGAUACUAUCCUAAUCUGCUGAAUGGUGAGAAAGUAUAUAUCUUGCUCGAACGUUUGCUGUUAUCUCAGAGACACACGUUUCAAGAUAAAAAGCUUUGCGAUAUAAAGUCUUGAAGUGGCAAUAUAUUAAUAAACAUCCGUAGAAUAUAAAAUUGCCGAAGACACCAGUGAUUUCUUGGAACUUAAUUGAAAUGCAUAUAAGAGAUGUGAUUAAUUGAAAUGGAUAAAUUGCGCAGCAAAUCAUUUAUCCAUCUUUUAUAUGAGAUUUGAGUAAAAAUCUGCGUUUCAAUUUACGCUUUAGAACGAGUAAUUGAAUGAGCUUAAAGCCUUGAAUCGCGGAACAAUCUCGCAAGUUUUCGAAUAUUUCUUUUGCGUUCGGAGCCGGCGAAUGAGCUUGGAAUUCUAUUUUCUGUCCGGCACCUCGGUUCAUGAGAGCCACGCAGCCACCAGCCAAGAAUGUCAGACAGUUCUGAUCAGCUGUCAUCGCCGAACAGCGAUUGCAACAGCCAAAUGGGCGUCGUGCAUCGCAUUGCUUCCACGCCUUAUGGAAAUACAACGUCCAUGUCCGCGCUGACCCAUCAUCCGCAGAACCUGACGCCGACGUCGAACGGCAGCCCCCAGUAUUCGCAGGAGUUGUCCACCUACAGCUCGACCAGCGUGAGCCCCAACAUCGGUAACAUCGGCGGCCUCUCUCUCGGCGGUAGCAGUAGCAAUUUCACUCCCGAACAGAUAGCCUGCAUGUGCGAAGCGCUGUCCCAAAGCCAGGACAUCGACAAGCUGUCAACAUUCCUUUGGUCCUUGCCGCCUGGAGAAUUGCUUCGAGGAGGAGAGAGUGUGCUAAUGGCGCGUGCCCACGUAGCCUUUCACCGUGGAGCCUACCACGAACUCUACACAAUCCUAGAAAGUCAUCCUUUUUCACCACGACGUCACCCUGAACUUCAACAAAUGUGGUUCAAGUCACAUUAUCGUGAGGCUGAAAAGAUCCGAGGUCGACCGCUAGGGGCCGUUGACAAAUAUCGACUGCGGAAAAAGUACCCUCUGCCGAAAACGAUCUGGGACGGCGAGGAAACCGUUUACUGCUUCAAGGAGCGAUCGAGGAAUGCUCUGAAAGAGUGCUACAUGAGAAACCGAUACCCCACGCCGGACGAGAAGAAGAAUCUUGCGAAGAAGACCGGCCUGACGCUGACUCAAGUGUCCAAUUGGUUCAAGAAUCGCCGGCAGCGAGAUCGCACACCGCAAACGAGAACGGAUAUGUUACCGCUGAAUUGUCAAAGCGCGACCAACAGCACUAUAAGUAGCUCGGUCAGCAACGGUGGCAGCAUCCAGUCUUUGCAGAGCAUCGAUUCCGAUAGUCCGAAUCUCGCAAUGUCACCUUUGUCGACUAUGGGGAUGUCACCGGUCGCUAUGAAUCCGUGCAGUCCAAUGGGCAUGAGUCCAAUGGGGCCUCAUCACGGUUAUGCAACCCCCGUCACCCCGUCGUCCGUUCACACCGCACAUCCCCAUAAUGGCGGACUGAGCCCCAUGAACGAUGUUAAAGCUCUCUGCUACGGCCGCAGCGUGUACGAUACUGGAAAAGACGUGGAACAGAGCUCGGUCUACUACUCCAGCCACUCUAGCAUGCACCAUCAGUAUUAUCAGCAGACUCAUCAUCAAAUGAUGUCAAGCUCCCAUCAUCAUCACCAUCAUCAUCAACAAAGCGUGCCGACUGGUUACGAGAUUAUGCUACCGCCGCCUCAGCAUUCUAUGUGACUAACGGACUACGAGGGUGACCGAAGUGAUCAAGCUCACCAUAGUCAGAGCGACGACGUGCUCGCACGUGUACACGCCUUUGCCUGAUCUUUUGGCUUCUCUCUUCGUCUCAGCUCGAGUCAUACGCAAUAAAGAACGAUAGCUUUGUGUA